GGUAACCUGAAAUUCUAAGAGCUUGUUCCGUCGUCCCCCAAGUGCUGCAGAGCCGCAUUUUGCUUGCAAUUCAGAAACUUUGUGCGUAGAGGGGACGAAACAAUACAAUGGCUUACGCUGCAAUGAAGCCUACUAAGGCCGGCUUGGAGGAGCCUCAGGAGCAGAUCCAUAAGAUUAGGAUCACCCUUUCCUCUAAGAACGUCAAGAAUCUCGAGAAAGUGUGCGCCGACCUUGUUCGUGGUGCCAAGGACAAGCGCCUCAGGGUGAAGGGACCUGUUAGGAUGCCAACUAAAGUACUUAACAUCACCACCAGGAAAUCCCCGUGUGGUGAAGGCACCAACACAUGGGACAGAUUUGAGCUGCGUGUGCACAAGAGAAUUAUUGAUCUCUACAGUUCCCCUGAUGUGGUUAAGCAGAUUACUUCAAUCACAAUUGAACCGGGUGUUGAGGUCGAGGUCACCAUUGCAGAUGCUUGAUUUUUGCCCCAUUUUUUCCCCGCAUGCUAGUUUCUUUUGUAAUUUAUCCUUUUUGCUAGGUAUGUUGAGUCCCAUAUGUUAGGGUUAAUGCAUUUCCUUUUGCCGUUAAAAUUUUUGAUGUUGAUUAUUGUGGAAGGGGAAUUAUUGACUUGAUCGAUUAUCUUUUGUUUUAUGUUUAUCGACAUUGAAGAAUACCAUGAGAAAUGUCAUGCUAAAUACGUUCUAAAAUC